GCAGUCAAAUGAAACGGCAGCAUAAGCACUUUUACUUGAUUUAGUGGAUUGAGAGCUGGAAGGAAGCUCACUUUGGCACCGUGAACAGGUGUUCAUCUGAAAUCACAAAACUUGGCCACCACACCGUUCUUGCGCUCAGUCUUAGUGAUAGUCGGGGUGCAGUCAGGACGCACUGUAAAGAACCGAACAGGGACCACUGCGAUAAACACAUGAAUUCUGUAGGACGGACCUGACAUAAUGGGGAAAUAUAAGAUAUCAUUUAAACAGAUGUUCUGUGUCCUCUCCAUCGUCUGUGGUUCGGAUAUCUGCUCGGGGUAUGUUUAUGACCGCCCUGAAAGGUCUGUAGAGGACGCUGCUUCUUCAAGGACAGACACUCCUUCAGACUCCCCGUGGAUCAGCACAUCAGGAUCCUGCAAGAACAGAUGCUUUGAAUUGGACGAGGCUGAACCUCCCAACUGCCGCUGUGACAACUUAUGUAAAACCUAUAACAGCUGCUGCCAGGAUUUUGAUGAGCGCUGCUUGAGAACAGAGGGAGGUUUUGAGUGCAGUAAGGAGCGCUGUGGAGAGACCAGGAAGGACCAGCAUGCCUGUCACUGUUCUGAGGACUGUCUGGCCAAAGGAGACUGCUGUACCAACUACAAAACACUCUGUAAAGGGGACACUACUUGGUUGCAGGAUGACUGUGAAGACAUUAGAACCCAUGAAUGUCCGGCUGGGUUUGUCCGUCCCCCUCUCAUCAUGGUGUCAGUGGAUGGGUUCAGAGCCUCCUACAUGAAGAGAGGAAGCACAGUGAUCCCCAACAUCGAGAAACUCAGAGCCUGUGGUACCCAUGCUCCUUACAUGAGACCCGUGUACCCCACAAAAACGUUCCCCAAUCUCUACACACUUGCAACGGGCCUGUACCCUGAGUCCCACGGCAUCGUCGGCAACUCCAUGCAUGACCCUGUGUUUGAUGCCAACUUUAACCUGCGGGGGAGAAAGCUGAAUCAUCGCUGGUGGGGUGGGCAGCCGAUCUGGAUUACAGCAGUGAAGCAGGGGGUGAAAGCUGGCACUUUCUUCUGGCCUGUGUCCAUCCCGUUGGAGAGGAGAGUCCUGACCAUGCUACAAUGGCUUCACCUGCCAGACGGAGACACAGCAUCCCAGACACAGUCCCAGACACAGCCUCCCAGACACAUGUAUUCUGUGCUGCAGCUGAACAACCCUCUGAAGCAGAUUGAUAAGAUAAUUGGUCAGCUGAUGGACGGCCUGAAACAGCUGAAACUCCACCGAUGUGUCAACAUCAUCAUGGUGGGAGAUCACGGAAUGGAGGAGGCUCACUGUGACAGGACAGAGUUCCUCAGCUCAUACAUGCCGUCCACUGUUGAUGACAUCAUCCUGAUCCCCGGCUCCCUGGGCAGGAUCCGCUCCAGGUACCCCAACAACCCCAAAUAUGAUGCCAAAUCUGUUAUUGCAAAUCUUACAUGUAAAAAGACAGAGCAGCACUUCAAGCCCUAUCUGAAGCAGCAUCUCCCCAAGCGCCUUCACUACGCCAACAACAGGAGAAUAGAGGACAUCCACCUGUUAGUGGAGAGGAAGUGGCAUAUCGCAAGGAAGUCUCCAGAAGGAGGAAAGAGGCACCCUGGGAAAUGUGGUUUUGCAGGAGAUCACGGUUAUGACAACAAGAUAAACAGCAUGCAGACUAUUUUCUUUGGAUAUGGACCUCUGUUUAAAUUCAAGACCAAAGUGCCCGUUUUUGAAAACAUUGAACUUUACAAUGUCAUGUGUGACCUGCUUGGCCUGAACCCUGCUCCUAACAACGGGACUCAUGGCAGUCUGAACCACCUGUUGAAGAGCCCGGUCCACAAGCCCACCGUGCCAGAGGAGGUGUCUAAACCCACCAUCUCAGGUCCCAUCAUUACUCUGACCGAUGACUUAGGCUGCAGCUGUGAUGACAAGUUGCGUUCAAAAAAUAGGGGGCAGAGAGCUUUGAAAGUCCCCGUUGUAAGAGGCUAUAACCUGGAGUCACUGUGGCUCUGUCUCUUACAGAACAAAGUGGAAGAGCUUAAUCAGAGACUGAGGCAAGCUGUCGAUGACAGCAAGAACCUCCCUCAUGGUCGGCCUGCAGUUCUGUUUCGUACUAAAUACAGCAUUCUACACCACAGUGACUAUAUCAGUGGGUACAGUGAAUCACUCUCUAUGCCCCUGUGGACGUCCUACACAGUCUCCAAACAGGUAGAAGUAACACCUCUACCAGAGCAUCUGACUAACUGUGUCAGACCUGACAUCCGUAUCCCUCCGGGCUUCAGCCAAUCCUGCUCCAACUACAAGGCGGACAAACAGAUCUCCUUCGCCUUCCUCUACCCUCCACAGCUGGCUCCGACCCAAGACGGCAAAUUUGAUGCAGUCCUCAUCACUAACACCGUACCCAUGUACCCGGCAUUCAAAAGAAUAUGGAGCUACUUCCAGAAGACUCUGGUGAAGAAGUAUGCCAUGGAGAGAAAUGGGCUCAACUUGAUCUGUGGGCCCAUAUUUGACUACGACUACGAUGGCCUGAGAGACUCGGCAGAGAAAAUUAAACAGUAUGGAAGUGGUUCAGGGCCCAUUCCAACCCACUACUACUGUGUGAUAACCAGUUGCCUGGACUUCACCCAGGCUGAGGACAUCUGUACUGGACCUCUUAGCAGCUCUGCCUUCAUCCUACCACACCGCUCAGACAACGACGAGAGCUGCAGUAGCUCUGAGGACGAGUCUAAGUGGGUGGAGGAUCUGAUGAAGCUGCACACGGCCCGGGUCCGAGACGUGGAGAUCCUCACAGGCCUGGACUUCUACCGUCGGACGAGCCGGAGUUACCCUGAAAUCCUCUCACUGAAGACUCACAUGCACACGUAUGAGAGCGAGAUCUAAACCACUGUCUCCCUACCUUCUCCUGUCUCCCUACCCUCUCCUGUCUCCCUACCUUUUCCUGUCUCCCUACCCUCUCCUGUCUCCCUACCCUCUCCUGUCUCCCUACCCUCUCAUGUCUCCCUACCCUCUCCUGACUCCCUACCUUCUCCUGACUCCCUACCUUCUCCUGUCUCCCUACCCUCUCCUGUCUCCCUAACCUCUCCUGUCUCCCUACCUUCUCCUGUCUCCCUACCUUCUCCUGUCUCCCUACCCUCUCCUGUCUCCCUACCCUCUCCUGUCUCCCU